AUGCAGGAGGAUAUGGAAUAUGAUGCCCUAACCAUUCGGGCCCCUCAGCGGUCUCGCUGGUAUACCCGUCUGUGGUCUGCAUGCCGGGGUUGUGGGUGCUUGGGCCGAAGACAGCAGCGAUUUCCCUUGUACCUUAUUGGGUACGAUCCUGUGGGGUGCUUCCAAAGGGCGGCCAGUGUGGGUGAUGUGGCUUUAGUCGAAAGAUUGAUCAAUGCCAGUGAACACCAUGUCAACGAAUGCGACAGGAGGGGCAGGAGUGCACUGCACUACGCCUCUGCCCAUAAUCAUCCUAAUGUAGUAACAUUGCUAUCGUCCAACGACUGUACCGAUAUUAAUAUGAAGGAUGAUGAAGGCUGCACACCCUUGAUAAAGGCCACCCAACGGGACAAUAUAGCAUGCAUCUCUAUACUACUCAUGCACGGUGCUGAUCCCCACAUUGUAGAUGCCAAUGGCGAUGCUGCCCUCCACCACGCCAUUUGCAGAGGGAACAUAACAGUUGUCAGCAAACUGCUGGAGUAUAAUGUAGAUAUUGACGCCGAAACAGAGUAUGGGUUGACACCCUAUAAACUCGCUUUAUUUGAAAAUCAACUUGAAAUGGCGCAGUUUUUAAUUGAGAAAGGUGCGGAUGCACCUCCGGAGCUUACACCAAAGAGUGGAGGAGCAGCUGCAGUAGAAUCAGAACAAUCAAUGAAAAAGUGUGCCAUCUUCAACCAAGAAGAAAAUUUCAUCACUGACAUAAUGCCUUCUUGCAGUGCAGUAAGACCAGCAAGACAGCUAAAAUCCCGAUUGAAGAAGUCUUUUGUGAUUAAGAGAGCUAGUCGAAGACUAAAAGACCAAAUCUCACUCAGGUUCUCUGAAAAGCCUCAUGUUACAACAGAGGACAAGGCCACCACCACUGCUAUUAAGGAGGAUAUUGACAACUCUUCCUCCAGGUACACGGUUGAAACAAAGAAGGGAGAAGGUUUCCUUCCUCCACCUAAUGUGCAUGACAUCGUGCCCCAGCCUCCUGCCCAUGCCGAUGCGACAUCAACUUCUUAUGUUAGUGAAAAAAGUGACAAUCAUCAGUCACCUGAGGAAACAGCUGUUAACAUCACCAGCGUUAGUGAAAGAGGUGACAAUCUUCAGUCACCUGAGGAAACAGCUGUUAACAACACCAGCGUUAAUGAAAGAGGUGACAAUCGUCAGUCACCUGAGGAAACUACUGUUAAGAACACCAGCGUUAGUGAAAGAGGUGACAAUCUUGAGUCAUCUGGGGAAACUACUGUUAACAACACCAGCGUGGAUCACACACGUUCUCUAGGUGAUGCGUUGGACCCUCAGAAUGCUAAUAUGCGGGUUCUUAAUUCAAGUACCGCUCACCGCACCAGCUAUGCAGCGAAUACCCCCACCAAGGUUUUUUCAAUUUGGGCAGCAACCACAUCAUUGCUCCUCCUAACAUCGUCAAUGUGGUUGCUGAAGUUGGUGGCUUUGAUGAUGCCGUGGGUAUGGAACCUAAUUUAGAAA